AUCUUUGCCUCUUGGGAAAAAUCUGAUCACGUGGAUUCGAUUUUAGACAAUUUUUAAUUUUAGAUUAUACCCACAAUUUUUCAAUCAUUAAUUACUUGUUAUCAAUUGUUCAACAAAGGUUUUAGUUGGUUUGACUUUCACUAUAAGAUCAAUUCAUUCAUUACUUGAAACAUGUCUGAAUCCAAAUCCAAUUGUACUUGUGGGUCUUCCCAAACCAAUGGUAUAUUAUCAACUAUUCCAAAUCAUACUGCCUUACCACGUGAAUUACAAGAUGAAUUCAAUGAUCCAAAUCAUCCUGCUAAUUUGAUCUGUGAAUUAUGUCGUUUAUUCUAUGAUAACAAUUGGGUUACCGGUACUGGGGGUGGUAUUUCAAUUAGAGAUGUUGAUGGACCAAAUCCAAAUAUAAUUUAUAUUGCUCCAUCUGGAGUUCAAAAAGAACGUAUUCAACCUUGGGAAAUGUUUGUGGUUGAAUUACCUGAUGAAAAAAUCUUACGUACUCCAAAUGAUAUUCCUGUUGAAUUAACUAAAUCUUAUAAAUAUAAACAUUCAGCUUGUACUCCAUUAUUUGUUAGUUGUUAUAAAUUAAGAGAUGCAGGUGCUUGUAUUCAUACUCAUUCUCAAAAUGCAGUUAUGAUAACUUUAUUAUAUGAAGAUCAAGAUGUAUUUAAAAUUAAUCAUAUUGAACAAAUUAAAGCCCUUCCAAGAUUACAAUAUAAUGCCACUACAGGGAAAGUUGAUAAAAUAGGUAGUUUAGAAAAUUUCGAAACUUUAGUAAUUCCAAUCAUUGAUAAUCUUCCUCAUGAAGAAGAUUUAACUCCAACUUUGAAUGAAGCUCUUAUAAAAUAUCCUGGUGCUUCUGCUGUAUUGGUUAGAAGACAUGGGAUUUUUGUAUGGGGUGAAACUAUUUGGAAGGCAAAGGUUUAUAAUGAAGCUAUUGAUUAUUUAUUGGAAUUAGGAGUUAAAAUGAAACUUGCUGGUAUAAGUACCAUUAAACCUGAAUAGAUUUAUGACUUCAGUUCGUCAUUUACAUAGAAUGUAAAUGAAUUUCUAAUCAAUAAAUAAAACUUUUGUAUAUUAUCAUCAUGUAAGCUAGUCUAUAAGUUAAAUAAUAUCAUGAUCGAUAUCAUGAAAUGCAUGGGGUUGAUAUUGAGUUAUAUAAUACAUGGAUUAUAAUGGAUUUUUAGUUCCUUUAAGGUUUUCGCCUUUAAUUUUCAUCCAAUCUAAUUCAUCAUCUUGUUGUUCAUCAACUUCUCCAACACAAACAAUAUUCCCUCCUCUCAUAAGAUAUAACCCCAUCGGUAUUUCCUGAUUCUCUUCCUCCGGUUCAGGGUAUAUUAUUCGUUCUAUGCAAUCACUUAGUAUUAUAUUGGUGGAU